AUGCUCCAUGAUGAUAUAAAUAUCUCUAGUCUUGUUGUGUAUGCUCAAUCUAUGGAGGAGUCCAAGCUUAAGAAGAUGAAUAGGGAUUUGAAGAGGUUUAAGCCCGAUGAGCAAAGUCAACCAAGGUCCAAAAAGAGGUACUCCAAUCAAGAUUCUUCAAUAUCUAGCAAUGAUAGGGUGUCUAACCCUAAAUCUCAAGGAGGGAAUCGAAGUGGUUCAUCUUCUUUUGAAAGUCCUAAGUGUGCCAAGUGUGGGAAGCAACAUUUGGGUAAGUGCCUUGCUGGCACGAAUAGGUGCUUUGGGUGUGGAAAGAACGGUCACAAGAUGAGAGAUUGCCCUACACUCAUGGCAAAAGGGAGAGAGACCAACCAAGCUUCCCUUGAUGGCCCGGAUCCUAAUGCUCCAAAGAGAAACCGUUUCUAUGUGCUUCAAGCUAACAAGGACAAAGGAGCUAAUCCGGAUGAAGGUAUCGGUAAGUUGAUAGUUCCUUAUGGUGUGAAUGUCUUAUUGAGGUUGCUUUGUAGUUUUCAUGUUGACCUUAGUAUGAGCUUGCCCUUAAGUGGGGGAUAG